AGAACAUAAUAUAAACGCAUGCUCCCGUGAGCAACAGCGCUGCAAUGUGUAAGUCAUGGACUUAACUCGGGACCUUGUAGGACACAAACCUAACUCUGGAUCUUGUAGGGUACAGGUUAACUGGACCCUGACCCGACCCUUUCAUAGGGUUUGCAAUCCCUUGAAGAGUCCAUGAAUCUAGGACAACCAAUCUAAAUUUUAGAGACGGUUAUAUAAAUGAUUAUGGGUAUUUCCACUUACUAACCCGGAGGAAAUUUCACUGUUUCAAGGCAUUACCUCCUCUCAAUUACUCCACCUCUGCUAAAAUAGGGAAGAUCACUCUAAAACUAGCUAAGCUCUCACAUGGUAGGCUCAUAGAAGAGAGACUCACCUCCCUCUUGCAAAGAUGUAGCACCCUUAAGCAACUCUACCAGAUUCAUGCCCAAAUUUUCACUCAAAAUCUCUCUCAGAAUUGCUUCUUACCCCCGAAAAUCGUCGCCUUUUGUGCCAUUAAACAUAGCAUGGAUUACGCACGUCAGUUCUUCGACAAAAUGCUUCAACCAAAUGUGGUCCUCUAUAACACCAUGUUCAAAGGAUAUGUAGAGAAUGGAUUUUUCUUAGAAACACUAGAGUUGUACAAAUGCAUGCAUUCUAGAGAUGUUGGACCUAAUAAUUUCACCUUCCCUUUCGUUCUGAGAGCCUGUGCUAAAUUAUUGGCCAUUAAAGAAGGAGAAUGGAUUCAUUGUAUAAUUGUUAAGACCGGGCUCGAAGAUAACAUAUUUGUGGGCACAACAUUGAUUGAUAUGUACUCAAAUUGUGGAAGGAUUAUCUCGGCUCAUUGGGUGUUUGAUCAAAUGCCUCAAAGAAAUGUGGUUUCUUGGACCGCAAUUAUACAGGGCAAUAUACUUUCUAAUGAUUUGGUAUCUGCUCGUUACCUUUACGAUAUUGCGCCCGAGAAUGAUGUGAUCUCUUCAAAUGUCAUGGUUGCGGGUUAUGCGAAAGUGGGGGACAUGUGUGCGGCUCGAGAGCUUUUUGAUUCAAUGGGGGAGAGAGAUGUAAUUUCUUGGAACACACUUUUGGUGGGUUAUGUUGAAAAUGGAGAUUUGGGGUCAGCUUUAAAGGUUUUCGGAGAGAUGAAUGAGAGGAAUGUGUUUUCUUGGAGCACUAUACUUGGGGGCUAUGCACAUGGUGGUUUUCACUGUGAGGUUCUGGAUAUGUUUAGAGAGAUGCUGAGGUUGAAUACAAAGCCUAACGAUGCGACUCUGGUGAUUGUAUUGUCAGCUUCUGCUAGAUUAGGGGCUCUGGAGAUGGGUGAAUGGAUCUUUAAUUAUGCUAACAAUAAUGGAUUUAAGGGAAACUUACUCAUUUCUAAUGGAUUGAUCGAUAUGUAUGCAAAGUGUGGGUGUAUAGAGAAAGCGGUUUGUGUGUUCGAGGAGAUGAGAGAGAGAGACUUGGUCACUUGGAAUGUUAUGAUCGGUGGGCUCGCAAUGCAUGGCCAUGGACUGCAAGCAUUAGCAAUCUUUAGAAGGAUGAGAGAGGAGAGAGAAAGACUGGAUGGCAUAACCUUUGUCGGGAUCUUAUGUGCAUGUACACAUGCCGGUUUGGUUGAUGAAGGCUCUAGACACUUCCAUUCUAUGACCCAUGACUACCAUAUUACACCUACAAUUGAGCAUUAUGGAUGUAUGGUUGAUCUUUUGGGCCGAGCCGGAAGGCUUGAAGAGGCACUGGAGUUGAUAAAAGGGAUGCCUAUUGAAGUGGAUAAUGUAGUUUGGAGCUCAUUACUUGGAGCUUGUCGUACAUUUGGUAAUGUCAUUGUUGCUGAAUAUGCUAUAGAGCAACUUAUUAAGAUAGAGCCUACAAACCCUGCAAAUUACGUGUUGCUAUCUAACAUUUAUGCAGCGGCAGGGAGGUGGAAAGAGGCGGCAAGAAUGAAGGUGGUGAUGAGAGAGAGAGGGAUUCAAAAGAUACCAGGGUGGAGUUCAACUGAGAGUCCUAGCCUCCUCUACCAUCCCAGUUAAGGCGAAUGUGUUAAGUAGAAUAACAUAUGCUUUACGAGUUGGCCUGAGAAGACAAC